ACCACCAAGGCACGGUUCCAAAGGAAUCCGUUCUCUAUUUCAGUUCCACCAUGAUGCAUCCCAUUGUAUUGCUUGGACUUCUGAUAGUAGCAUACUCUAGUGGUUGUCAUGCUGAAAAUACGUUCUUGCAGUACUGAGAAAAGUAUAUUCAUCUUUCACAACCUCCAUAUUGGUUAGCUGCAAAAGGCUUCUCCAUUAAGCCGUCAUCAGGUGGGAAUGUUUAUGAAACUUAUGGAGGAAAAUGAAUUGGCUUCUCACUUGCGUUUGUUCUGUAAGCAGGCUAAUGUUGCUUGUUCUACAAAUGCAUUGGUAAAGAAGAGAAUGAACGACACUACAAUGCCACCAAUAGCCCCAUGGAAUGUCGACAAAGUGAAAUAUGAAGGCCUUCCAAAUGACAUACCUUUGUCAGUUGCCAGCCAAGGAGGUAUACGAUAUUUCCUGGAGUCAAUGGUGAAAGAGGGAGGAUUCAUACCUGUCCCUGAUCUAAGGGACCAUAUACCAUAUAAAUCAUUUGUGCCACGACCUCUGGCAUCAAAAAUCCCAUUUUCCUCUUCCCGAAUUGAGGAAUUGAAUAAGCUUUUUGGUGUGGUGAAUAAAUCAAACAUGGAUAAAUAUAUUCAAGAUACUCUUCAGACAUGUGAGAAAAAUCCCAUUAGAGGUGAGCAAAAUAUUUGUGUGACUUCUGCCGAGGAUCUCAUCGAUUUUGUUGUUGAGAAAUUAGGUCACCAUGUGCAAUUAUGGAGUACUGAGAGCGUUGAAGGGUCUUAUGAGAAUGUCACAAUAGGAGUUGUGAAACUCAUAUAUGGAAACCUUUCUGAACCACCAGCCAUAUGUCAUAGUAUGCCAUUCCUAUUUCAAGUCUAUUACUGUCAUGUUUUCCAAAAAAUAAAAGUAUAUGCAGUUGAUAUACAUGCUCUGAAGAAAGUGAAUCAUGCGAUCAUGGCAUGCCACUAUGACACAUCAACUUGGAACCAAAAUCAUCUUGCUUUUAAGAUACUAGGUUUCGGCCCAGGCCUCAUUGAAGUCUGUCAUUGGAUAAAUGAGAAUGGAGUAGUAUGGACAAAGAUAUUAGAUUGAGUAAGAUUUGAAGAAUUGAUUGUCUCUCAAUUCUCUUGUUUGCAUUACAUAUUACUGCUUAUGUUA